AUGACGCGCCUGGACGCCCUCCCGCCGUCGCACUGGGCGAAGAAGCGCGCGACGGGGAACUACGUCAUCGCGGGCUCGUUGCUGUGCUUCGCCGGCGGCGUGUACGCGUACACCAUGAACGCGGUGCAGAGCAAGGACGACAUCGACGUCGCCAUCGCGCGGCGCGAGGGCGGGAAGGGCGACGAGGGCGGGAAGGGCGGAGGAGGCGGACGGGGCGGCGGGUCGAUGUGGUCGAACGCGAACAAGAAGGCGAAGGGGGGGAAGUGA